AUGCCCGACGACAUGGAGGAAACCGGCGACGUCUCGGAUCAUGCUUCUGAGAUUGACGACGAGUCGGAAUAUUUUGCCAAGGAAGACGACAAGAUGAUUGAUAACUCGGCGAAUGGUGCCGGCGGCAUCAAAAAGAAGUACGACCCCAAGGAUCCCCUGAGGCCAAGGAGAAAGAAGGCGAGGAGAGCCUGCUUCGCCUGUCAGAGAGCUCAUCUCACGUGCGGUGACGAGAGACCCUGCAAGCGCUGUAUCAAGCGUGGCCUCGCCGAUGCCUGCCAGGACGGCGUGCGGAAAAAGGCGAAAUAUCUCCACGACGCACCCGAGGAGGCCCUUGGACCGGUCCUCGGCCCCAAUUACAGCACCAGCACCUCACGCGCGCGACCAAACGGCCAGCGUCAGAACUCGGUACAGUCGGAUCUGUCGACCACGGCACAUGGAGGCAGCUUCCUUGGUCAAAACAACACGGCAUCGUUCCCCGUCUAUCCGGCCGAAUCUCGAGGUCGAGUAGGGAUACCAGAAGGCCUGUCAUUCAACCCUCAAACCUCGCCAGUCUCGCCCUCUUUCCAGGCCAACCCAGCAGCCAAUGCCCAGCCGCAGGUGGAUGGCAUGCUGCAGGGCAACCCCAUGGACUUUAACGCCUUGUUUGAUCCCAGCAAUCCGGCUCUGUAUAACUUUGACCUGGAAGGCCUCGACUUUGGCAGCCAGUAUGCCGGCUGGGAGUUUGGCAUCCUCAACAAGAUGGGCUUGGGGGCUGAAACGUCUCCCCGCGAAAACGCCAUGUCGCAGACGCCCUCUAACGAGGCCAACUAUGCAGCACUCUUCGCCAACGGCACCAACGGAGCCUACGAUGCCUCGAGCCUGUUGGGCAGCGAGUACCCUGGCGUCGACGCCGGUGCAAGCAUUUAUACCCAAGGAAACCUGCAGCACGGCCUGCCGCACGCCUACGCCAUUGCAGCAGGGCCGACGGGCCUCACCAGCCCGAGCACCGACGCGACAUCGAGCCCCCAGACUGCUUUGGACGGCUCUCCCAGCACAGGCGCCUUUGGUAGCUUGCCCAACGUGCCGGACGCGUCCAGGAUCAAGUCGAAACAGGACAAGAUUGCCCAGUCCAUCCUGGGCAAGCGACAACGCGACUCGGCAGCCAUCUACGCGAGCGUCAGGGAGCCGUACCCCUACACUGCCGGCUUCCACAACAUGAUUGCGGUCCUCCAUGAUCGGCUGCCACUUGAAAAGCUGGUCAAUAUUGUCAGGUCACUGGGCGAGAUCCGGCCAUCAUUUAUUGCGUGCACCAAGAACCUGACGCGCGAAGACCUAGUGUUUAUGGAAAAGUGUUUCCAGCGAACCCUGGUCGAGUUUGAUGACUUUCUUCAGCACUGCUGCGCCCCCACCAUUGUCUGCCGCCGAUCCGGCGAGGUGGCCGCGGUUAACAAGGAGUUUACAGCCCUGACGGGAUGGACCAAAGAGGUACUGCUGGGCAAAGAGCCCAACCGAAACGUGCACGUCCGCUGUUCGUCCAAUGUUGAGUCCACCAAUGGCGGCGACGAGGGCUCCCGGACCGAAGACUCGACUCCCGGCGUGCAGAGUACAGUGGCUGAGGCCAGCACGGGCGGCCGGCCGCAGCCUGUAUUUCUUGCCGAGCUGCUGGACGAUGACAGUGUGGUGCAGUUCUACCGCGACUUUGCGCAGCUGGCGUUCGAGGACAGCCGCGGCAAGGUGCAGCGAAACUGCUGCCUGAUGAAGUACCGGACCCAAGAAGAGAUUGACGGCAAGGACGACGCGUCACGCAAAGAUGACAGGACGAGCAUCUUGAGCAGCCGCGUGACGCGAAUCGACGGGGAACACGGCAUAUCCCGCAUUGAGAAGGAUGGCAAGGUGAACUGCACGUACUGCUGGACCAUCAAACGAGACGUUUUUGACAUUCCCAUGAUGAUCAUAAUGAACUUUUUGCCGAGGUAUUAUCCCAACCAGGAACCUCAUCAACUUGCGGUUUAG